UGCUGGUGGUGGUGGGUAUAAAGAGAGGAGCGAGGCCUGGCCAGACCGUCCCCCAGAUUCAACCCUCCAUUGCUCUUGCUUCCUUUCGCAGCUUUUUUCUCGGGGAUUUCGAGGCGGCUACUCCUUCAACGAAUCGUCGUCUCCCUCAUCCUCUCUGAUCUUUCCACUCAGUCUAGUUUUGCUAGCGCACUCUCUCUCUCUUUCUCUCUCUCUUGCUACCGUUCUGAUUGGCUGCUGCUGCUGCUGCUAAUUAGCUUCUUGCCGCCGCGAUGGCGAAGGCGAUGAGUCUUGAAGAAAUCAAAAACGAGACUGUUGAUCUGGAAAAGGUUCCAAUUGAGGAAGUGUUUGAGCAGCUGAAAUGCACCAGAGAAGGUUUAAGUUCGGACGAAGGAGCCAACAGGCUUCAGAUCUUCGGACCAAACAAACUGGAAGAAAAAAAGGAAAGCAAAUUCCUCAAGUUUCUUGGAUUCAUGUGGAAUCCACUCUCAUGGGUCAUGGAAGCCGCAGCUGUGAUGGCAAUUGCACUGGCCAAUGGUGAUGGAAAGCCCCCGGAUUGGCAGGACUUUGUUGGUAUCGUUUGUUUGCUGGUGAUCAACUCUACCAUCAGUUUCAUUGAAGAAAACAACGCCGGUAAUGCUGCUGCAGCUCUUAUGGCUGGUCUUGCCCCCAAAACUAAGGUGCUUAGAGAUGGCCGUUGGAGUGAGCAGGAAGCUGCCAUUCUGGUUCCUGGAGAUAUCAUCAGUAUCAAAUUGGGAGAUAUCAUCCCUGCUGAUGCUCGGCUUCUUGAGGGCGAUCCAUUAAAGGUCGAUCAGUCUGCCCUUACUGGGGAAUCACUCCCAGUGACCAAAAAUCCCUAUGACGAAGUUUUCUCUGGUUCAACUUGCAAACAAGGUGAAAUUGAAGCUGUUGUAAUUGCUACUGGAGUGCAUACCUUUUUCGGAAAGGCUGCACAUCUUGUGGACAGUACCAACCAAGUUGGGCACUUCCAGAAGGUUCUCACUGCAAUAGGGAACUUCUGUAUUUGUUCCAUUGCCAUUGGAAUGCUGGUUGAGAUUGUUGUUAUGUACCCGAUUCAGCAUAGGAAGUACAGGGAUGGAAUUGAUAACCUUCUUGUUCUCUUGAUUGGAGGUAUUCCAAUUGCCAUGCCCACAGUCUUGUCUGUGACAAUGGCUAUUGGGUCGCACAGGCUGUCACAACAGGGUGCCAUUACCAAGAGGAUGACGGCCAUUGAGGAGAUGGCCGGUAUGGAUGUCCUCUGCAGUGACAAGACAGGGACACUAACUCUUAACAAACUGAGUGUUGACAAAAACUUGGUGGAGGUUUUUGCAAAGGGAGUGGACAAAGAGCAUGUUUUACUACUUGCUGCAAGGGCCUCUAGGACUGAAAACCAGGAUGCUAUUGAUGCCGCCAUUGUUGGGAUGCUUGCUGAUCCUAAAGAGGCACGGGCUGGUAUUAGAGAGCUGCAUUUCUUCCCAUUCAAUCCUGUGGACAAGAGGACUGCUUUGACCUACAUUGAUGCUGAGGGCAAAUGGCAUCGAGCUAGCAAAGGUGCCCCUGAACAGAUCUUAGCACUUUGCAAUGCCAAGGAAGAUAUGAAGAGAAAGGUUCAUGGCAUUAUUGACAAGUUUGCUGAACGUGGACUGCGGUCGCUGGCUGUUGCAAGACAGGAAGUGCCUGAGAAAACAAAAGAAAGCCCAGGUGGCCCAUGGCAAUUUGUUGGAUUGUUACCCCUCUUUGAUCCUCCUAGGCACGAUAGUGCAGAGACUAUCCGCAGGGCUCUAAAUCUUGGAGUGAAUGUUAAGAUGAUUACUGGUGAUCAACUUGCCAUUGCUAAGGAGACUGGGCGAAGACUUGGAAUGGGAACGAACAUGUAUCCAUCUGCUUCUUUACUUGGUCAAGGCAAGGAUGCUUCCAUAGCUGCCCUUCCAGUUGAAGAGUUGAUUGAGAAAGCAGAUGGCUUUGCUGGUGUAUUCCCAGAGCACAAAUACGAAAUCGUGAAGAAGUUGCAAGAGAGGAAGCACAUCUGUGGUAUGACUGGAGAUGGUGUCAAUGAUGCCCCUGCAUUGAAGAAAGCAGAUAUUGGAAUUGCUGUUGCUGAUGCUACUGAUGCUGCACGAGGUGCUUCGGACAUUGUACUUACAGAACCGGGGCUGAGUGUCAUCAUCAGUGCAGUGUUGACGAGCAGAGCUAUUUUCCAAAGGAUGAAGAAUUAUACAAUAUAUGCAGUCUCCAUCACAAUCCGUAUUGUGUUUGGUUUCAUGCUUAUUGCAUUAAUAUGGAAGUUUGAUUUCUCCCCAUUCAUGGUUUUGAUCAUUGCCAUCCUAAAUGAUGGGACGAUUAUGACCAUCUCAAAGGAUAGGGUGAAGCCAUCUCCAGUACCCGACAGCUGGAAAUUGAAAGAGAUUUUUGCUACUGGGGUUGUGCUAGGGGGUUAUUUGGCCUUGAUGACUGUAAUAUUCUUUUGGGCAAUGCACGACACUGAUUUCUUCUCAGAUAAAUUUGGUGUAAGAUCUCUGAGGGAAAAGCCUGACGAAAUGAUGGCUGCCCUGUACCUGCAAGUGAGUAUUGUGAGCCAGGCUCUGAUUUUCGUCACUCGAUCUCGCAGCUGGUCCUUCGUUGAACGCCCUGGACUUUUACUACUUACAGCUUUCAUAAUCGCGCAGUUGGUGGCAACUCUGAUAGCCGUAUAUGCAAACUGGGGUUUUGCAAGAAUUAAAGGAAUGGAUUGGGGCUGGGCUGGUGUUGUAUGGCUUUACAGCAUCGUGUUCUAUUUCCCACUCGACUUAUUAAAGUUCGCCAUUCGUUACAUCUUAAGUGGGAAGGCUUGGCUCAACUUGCUAGAGAACAAGACUGCAUUCACCACAAAGAAAGACUACGGCAAAGAGGAGAGGGAAGCUCAAUGGGCGCAUGCUCAGAGGACUUUGCAUGGCCUUCAACCACCCGAAAGCUCUAGCCUUUUCAACGAAAAGAGUAGCUACAGGGAGCUAUCUGAAAUCGCCGAGCAGGCUAAGAGGAGAGCUGAGGUUGCAAGGCUCCGGGAGCUUCACACGCUCAAGGGCCACGUCGAGUCAGUGGUAAAGCUGAAAGGGCUGGACAUCGACACGAUCCAACAGCAUUAUACUGUAUAAGAAAGCAUUACAAGUGUCACCUAGACAGGGGCGGGGCAGCAGCUUGAAGAAGGAAGGGCCCGGUUUCAUGAACAGAGAAACCCUGACUGGAUAACAAGAAGUUUUCGACACAUUGGGAAACUUUACUUUGGCUGUUUUAUUAAAUUUUCCUUUUUUUUUUUUUUUGGGUCUGUCUUAUGAUAUCCGUUCUUCUACCUUAAUUUUGUUUUGCUGGUAUUUCAAGUGGCAGAAGCAAGAUAACGGUUUGGCUUCUUAAUGCCUUUUUAAUGCUGAGAAAAGAAAAGUAUAACGUUGAUGAU